GUUAGCCCUGGAGCAUGAGGGCACAGAUGAACCGGAGAGGAUACUUGGAACACUUUGUCGAAAAACGACAACUGAACAUAAAAGAUCUGAAGUUUGAAGCUGAAAGGUUUGGUUUGGAAAACAGAUACCUCCAAAUGGAAAACAUCCCAGAAUAUCCUAAACCAGAGUUCCAUGUGAGUCUUCUGAAGCAUGACACUACAGGAUCAGGGUUACGUGGGAUCAGGAAGGAUGGAGGCUUCAGGGAUCCAUAUGGGGGAUCCCUGGUUUGGUGGAGUCUGACUGUGGGACCAGAGGAGCUGAAGGAUGCCGAGAUGAGGCUCCUGGAGAAGACCUUCCCAGACAGGAUGGAGGUGGAAGAUCCUGAGCAGCAGAGCUUCCUGUGGAGGUUUGCCACCUCUCCAGCCUUCAAGGAGACGUCCCGGCUGGGCUGCUACCGCUUCACCUUCUCACUGGAGGAGGUGCUGACGGCCUACAGAGAACAGUUUUGCUCCGGUUCUGAGCCCAUAAUGCGGGUUUACAGGACAGUCCUAUAUAAACAAGAGGUGAUGCAUGUCGUUCUGGUCCACAGUCCAACUAACCAGAACUUCUCCCGCUACCCUUUGCUCACCAAUGACCCAGAUGGCAUCUGCGCUUACAGGGAUGGCCAUUUUAUCUGGAGACCAGAGGCCAUGUGUGAGACACAUUGGUGGGAGCUGUUCUGCAGACAUGACAGCCAGCAGCUGGAGGUCUGUGCUGCAGCUGAAAAUCUGCAUUACGUCUGGAACCAUGCUGCUAUUGCACUGCAUGUUGGAAAAACACAGUUACAGACAUCCAGCUGGUUCUUGUUGGGUGGCCUGCAGUGGGGAAGAGCUCCAGUGGGAACACCAUACUGGGAAGAACCGCCUUCAGCACCAGCAGAACAGCCUUUAUUCCUCCCUCAGCGAGGGACCAUCUUCAACAGGGAGGUGACCAUCAUCGACACCCCAGGGCUCUCUGGAAGGUCUAACCCUGAUCUGAAGAAGGAGAUCUUCAGAUGCAUCAACCUGUGGAGUCCUGCUCCCCACGCCGUCCUGCUGGUUGUCAGACUGGGAUUCUUCACCACAAAUGUUGAAGAAACAGUGAAGCAGAUGGAGGAGAUGUUUGGGGAAAACGUUUGGAGCCGAACCAUGAUCCUCUUCACCCACCAGGACCAGGCGGAACCAGAUGUUAAAACCCAGCUGCAGAAGAAUGGAGACCAGAUGAAGAUUUUGUUACAGAAAGUGGGGAACAGAUUUCAGGUCCUUAAUAACAAUCCAAGGCACAGAGAUGUUCAGCAGGUCUGGGAUCUGCUGUCUGAGGUGAAGGAGAUGCUGGUAACACAAGACCUCUUCAAUAAAAACGUGCUUCUCUGUUGA